ACUGCUUUGACGAUUUAUUGAAUAAUAAGCAGAUAUUUUGGCUAUGCAAAUCCUGCACUAAUCUGAUGUCCGAUAAGCGUCAUCGACAAGCUGUAAGAGCUGCCUAUGAGGUUGGACAGGAAGAGGUGUUAGGUGCACACAACCAAAUUGUUGAACAACUUAAGGGUGAAAUACUAACUGAGUUGAAGUUGGAGAUUCGUUCGAAUUUUACGGCCCUUAUAAAUUCUAAUUCGUUGACACCGAAAACUACUCAACGUCCAUUUGCCGAAGCCAGUUGUAACAAAGCUCGCCGUCUUUUCCCGAAUAAAGAUGGGGCUAAAUCUGAUGUCUCAUCUCUAUUACGUGGUACUGGCAUGCCUGUUUCACCAUCUCUUGGCACGAUAACAGUAGCUGAUCGUACACCAAAGUUUUGGCUUUACCUCUCACGUAUUGCACGCGAUGUUUCUGUUGACCAAAUUUCCAUUCUGGCGAAACAACGUCUUAUCACCGAUGACGUGGAAGUCGUUAGACUUGUUGCAAAGGAUCGUGACGUAAGCACAAUGAAUUUCAUCUCGUUUAAAGUUGGAAUCAAACCUGAGCUCAAGGCGCGAGCCCUAUCUGCUUCAACAUGGCCCGAAGAAAUUCUUUUCCGCGAAUUCAAGAGCAAUCGCACCGUAUCAGCUGGAAGUUUUUGGAAACCCCUCUAUUCGCAGCCAGAUCAGUCGCCAGUUCAGGCCGAUACUCAUCAGCCUGCUUCACCAUCAUCAGUUCAAUCAGCUAUGACGGAAUAAUUCAACCACCAUCGGGACGCAUGUCACUGGGUACAACUCGUUCCGACAAUUUGCCGUUGUUUGAACGAAGAAUAAUUUCGCCGCAAUCGCCGAGACUGCACAAACAAAUUCACGCUGCGCUGCCAUCACCCCUGUCCCUGUUAUACCGUACUACGGAAGCCCCCGAGCGCUCCAACGCAGUCGUGCUACCAGCCAGCGACCAGCUCAGUCGUCCCGGCCCUGCGUUCGGAGGUCGUGAGGGGGUCUUCCGAACUCCCUUCUCAGGCGAGUAUUUUGCUUUAAAUGACGAUCCGCUCUCUGAAAACCUUUUGGUUUCUAGCGUGCCAUCGGGUACAACUCGUUCCAACAAUUUGCCGUUGCUUGAACAAAGAAUAAUUUCGCCGCAAUCGCCGAGUCUGCACAAACAAAUUCACGCUGCGCUGCCAUCACCGGGACGCCUGUUAUACCGUACUACGGAAGCCCCCGAGCGCUCCGACGCAGUCGUGCUACAAGCCAGCGACCAGCUCAGUCGUCCCGGCCCUGCGUUCGGAGGUCGUGAGGGGGUCUUCCGAACUCCCUUCUCAGGCGAGUAUUUUGCUUUAAAUGACGAUCCGCUCCCUGAAAACCUUUUGGUUUCUAGCGUGCCAUCGGGUACAACUCGUUCCAACAAUUUGCCGUUGUUUGAACGACGGAUAAUUUCACCGCCACCGCCGAGACUGCACAAACAAAUUCACGCUGCGCUGCCAUCACCGGGACGCCUGUUAUACCGUACUACGGAAGCCCCCGAGCGCUCCAACGCAGUCGUGCUACAAGCGAGCGACCAGCUCAGUCGUCCCAGCCCUGCGUUCGGAGGUCGUGAGGGGGUCUUCCGAACUCCCUUCUCAGCUCGACGCAUUCCUAAAAUAAAACUACAAGGGGCAGCCCUAUGGGGUUGCACGAACUGUAGACGUAGGACUAUACUACUUAAUGUAAAAUGUAAAUGUAAAUGUACUACUUAAUGUAAAAUGUAAAUGUAAUGUAAAUUUAUUUUCUUAGUACUUAGUGUGUUGGAAAAAAACACCCGG